AUGGCGCAAUUUGUCCCGCGUCAGGCAUUUCCGCACUAUGGGGCCAUCCCAAGGUCCUACUUCCUGGGCCACCAUCGAGCCGGUCUGACCAAGAUGAAGAACAUGCUCUCCACGAUAGACUACGUUGUCGAAUGCCGUGACUCCCGGGCACCUGUCACGUCAAUCAACCCCAUGUUUGAGGAGGCUUUGGGCAAGAAAAGGCGAUUGAUCGUCUAUACUAAGAGAGACCUCAGCAGUACUCCGCAAUCACCUGCACAGAAGCUAGCAGAGAAGAAGAUCCGAAGCUUCGAUCCCAAAAGUGCCACAUUCUUCGUCAGCUCGUCCUCCCGCGCAGACGUCAACCAGAUCGUCAAACACCUCCGAAACGAUGCCGAAGCUCCCGAUAAGCUGGUUGGGUGCCGUGUCAUGGUGGUCGGCAUGCCCAAUGUCGGGAAGUCAACAUUGAUCAAUCAUCUACGAAACUAUGGAGUGGGCAAAGCCAAGGCCCUGAAAACCGGAGGCCAGCCGGGCAUCACAAGGAAGAUUGGAACCCCGGUGAAGAUCAUCGAGCGAGAGAACGGGUCGCAUGUGUACGUGCUCGACACACCCGGUGUCUUCAUGCCAUACGUUCCAGACGCGGAGAAUAUGCUGAAGCUGGCGCUUUGUGGUUGUGUCAAGGAUGCUGUCAUAUCAUCCGUCACUCUCGUCGAUUAUCUGUUGUAUAAGAUCAACUUGCAUGAUGCGCAGGCGUAUCAGCGUUGGUCUGAGCCCACAAAUGAGGUCAUGCCGCUGCUGGAGAAGUUUGCACAUUAUACUGGGCUGCUUGGAAAGGGCGGAGUGCCCAACAUAGAUGGCGCCGCCCUGCAUUUCAUACAGAAAUGGCGGCAUGGAGAUGUCGGCCGAUUUAUGCUGGAUGAUCUGGAGGAAGAACAACGGCGUCGGGAUGAUCCUUUACAGGUUGAACGUAUGAGCAUGACCCAGGCCCUGAGAGCCGAAAGAGUGUCUCGAAAGAAUCGAGAUCAAUAG